GACAGCAAGUUUAGCUUCUGAGAACUUGGCAAAGAUGGCAUCACCACAAGUCUAUGGUGAAUUUUGCAGAGCAACUUUGGCAAAAAUAAUACUGUUCAACCGACGACGUGGAGGAGAAGUUGCAAAAAUGCAACUAAAGGCUUUCCUAGAGAAGGACACAUCUGCCCUCCAUAAAGAUGUUGCUGUUGGCCUGACAAAGUUUGAACAAAAACUUUGCAAACAUUUCAGCCGUGUGGAAAUUAGGGGCAAAAGAGGGCGAAAGGUUGCUGUGCUGCUAUCUCCAGAUAGGGUUGAUUCAUUGACACAACUCAUAAGCAAAAGAAAACACUGUGGAGUACCAGAGGAGAACAAAUUUUUGUUCGCAAGACCCCACUGUUUGACUCCUUACAGAGGACAGGACUGUUUAAGGGCUUAUGCAAAUGAGUGUGGCGCUCAGAACCCAGAACUCCUUAGGUCAACACAGUUACGGAAACAUGUUGCAACCUUGUCCCAGGUCCUGAACCUCAAAAACCAUGAGAUGGACCAAGUUGCUGACUUCCUAGGCCAUGAUAUUCGUGUCCACAGAGAGCAUUACAGGCUUCCAGAAGCUACAACUCAGCUGGCUAAAAUAUCAAAACUGCUACUUGCUAUGGAGAAAGGGUCCCUUACAAAUCUUCAAGGCAAAACACUUGACGAGAUUGAGAUUGAAGAUAACAUUGACUUCACUGAUUCUGAACUAAGUGAAGAGAGUGACACUGAGGAAGAUGAUAACCCGCCAUAUCCACAGACAGAAAUGGGCAAGUGCAGCUAAAUCUAUGAAAAGAUUGAUCAU